AUGGCGAAAAAAGACAUGGAAGAUAUUACGAGUGAAAUGGAAAAGCUGGACUUUCACCAUCCCUACACACCUUAUGAUGUCCAAGAGCAGUUCAUGAAGGCUGUUUAUAAUGUCUUGGAAAGUGGUAAUGGUCAAGUUGGCAUCUUGGAGAGCCCAACUGGUACACAACAGGGCAAGUCGCUUUCACUCAUUUGUGCUUCAUUAACGUGGUUGCGAAAUUACAAAUCCAAUCAAUUCGAAGCCUCAAUUCAAGAAUCCGCAGAAGCAUACAAAGAAGAACCAUCCUGGCUCGUUGAGCAACUCCUUCGUCGCAAGCGUGAAGAGCUUGUCACUCGCUGGGAGGAGCGAGAAAGGCGUCUAGAAACCCUCCGUCUCAAAGAAAAAGCCCAAGAAGAGCGCGCUCGCAAACGCCGUCGCGUUGAGGAUUCGCUACUUAGUGGUGGUAGGUCACGUGUAGUAGAAGAUGAGGAUGCCGAGUGGUUACUCGAUGACCCUGAUGAUCGACAUGAUACCCCUCAAGAUUCGCUGUCAGGGUUGAGUAAGGAGGCGAGAGAAGUCCUCGCGAGUAUUGGUCUGGGAGGGGCUAGGAAGCCCGAGGAGGAAGACGACCUCGUAGAGGAACCGAUCAAGAUCUAUUACACGUCAAGAACACAUUCUCAACUUUCGCAAUUCAUCACCGAACUUCGUCGUCCUUCAUUUCCACCGUCAUUACCGACAUCGCUUGCCAAGCAGGAAGAGACGAAAACCGAAGCAGUCAAACUUCUGCCACUAUCUUCUCGGCAAAGACUAUGCAUCAACCCUUCAGUCUCACGAUUAGGUUCCGUUCAAGCUAUCAAUGACCGCUGCUCAGAGCUUCAGCAACCAAAAUCCGGCCAAAAAUGUCCCUUUGUCCCCAAGGAGGAUCUUGUUUCGCAAACUCACCAAUUUCGUGACUCAGCUUUGGCUACGUUACCCGACAUCGAAGACCUCCAUCAGCUGGGCAAGUCGCUUGCUGUUUGCCCUUACUAUGCAUCACGAACUGCCCUACCAGGUGCUGAGAUCAUCACACUUCCUUACCCUCUCUUAUUGCAGAAAAGUGCAAGAGAUGCUCUUGGGGUCAAAUUGGAAGGCAGCGUUGUCAUCGUUGAUGAAGCGCAUAACAUUAUGGAUGCAGUGGCCAACGUACAUGCAGCUGAAAUAAAGCUGAGCGACUUACGAAGAGGUCGUGGAAUGUUGGGCGUAUAUGUCAAGCGGUUUGGCAAAAAAUUGAAGGGCGUCAAUCGGGUCAACGUUGGAAGAGUAGGAAGAGUCAUUGAUGGUCUUAGCGAAUGGAUGGACGGCGCACUCAAGUUCAAGCAAGAACAUGGCAUCGUGGAUCCUAAUGAUUUGACGCGGCCCAAGGGUAUUGAUCAGAUCAACAUGUUUGAGCUGAUACAGUAUAUCCAAGAAUCGAAGCUCGCCUUCAAAAUCGAGAGUUAUAUAUCCCACGUCGAGAGUGAAGAAUCUGGUGCAAAAACACCCAGAUCAAGCACACCAGUGCUGCACUCUUUGGUAUCGUUUCUCAUCGCCCUCACAAACCUCAGUUCUGAAGGUCGGAUCUUCUACCAAAAGAUCAAAGGUCCCACUUCCGAUAUACAACUUUCUUAUUUGCUUCUAUCGCCGACUCAUGCAUUCUCGUCCAUUGCGUCGAGCGCUAGAGCAGUUAUCCUUGCUGGAGGUACAAUGUCACCGUUUGACGAUUACAAAGACCACCUGUUCCCCUCGCUGGAGCCAGAUAAAGUCACAACUCUGAGCUGUGGCCAUGUCAUUCCACCAGAGAACUUGUGUGUUUGGACGUUAGCAUCAUCACGACCUGGCGCACCACCCUUUGAGUUCAGUUUUCAGAAGCGAGGCGACACAGAAAUGAUAACUCAGUUGGGUCUCGCAGUAUUGAACCUCUGUUCUUUAGUUCCGGACGGCGUUGUUAUUUUCUUCCCCAGUUAUGGAUACCUUGAUGAGGUAGUUUCUGUUUGGCAAAAGAGCCAAGGCACAAGUACACAGUCAGUCUGGGACCGAUUAGGAACGCGCAAAGCAUUGUUUAAAGAAACGAGAGGCGCAUCAAGCGAAGAAGUCCUACAAGAGUACUCUGACGCCAUCCAAGGCGAAAAGAGUAAUGGAAAAGGCGCUCUUCUUCUCAGCGUCGUUGGCGGCAAGAUGUCUGAAGGCAUCAACUUCUCCGACCGUCUUGGUCGCUGUGUACUGGUCAUUGGUCUACCCUAUCCCAAUAUCGCAUCACCAGACUGGAAAGCCAAGAUUGAAUACAUCGAAACGACAACACGAAACAACCUCGUAGCACAGGGCACAACUCAGGAACAAGCCGUGAGCAAAGCGAAACAGACGGCACGGGACUUUUACGAAAACGCUUGCAUGCGGGCCGUCAACCAGAGUAUCGGCCGUGCAAUCCGGCACCGAGGCGACUAUGCGGCGAUAGUGCUCGUGGAUCGACGGUAUGGCACGGAGAGGAUCCGGGGCAAACUACCGGGGUGGAUCAGAGGCGGUUUAGUGGGAGAUAGUCACGAGAAGGGUCUUGGAGGGUUGAUGGGCGCUGUCGGAGGAUUUUUCCGAGGAAAGAAGAGUCAGAGUUAA